GGAAGAGCUGAGCUACUAGCACAUAUCCGUUUCGUUCCUCGACCACCAUAUCUCUCCUUUCUUCCGAGCUAAUGGAAGGAGACAAAGCAGACAAGGUCGACAAUGUGUGCACGCCAGAGCACUGUUUUCGUGCUUUCGAUGCAUUGUACUGCGCGCUAACAUCUAGCGAGCAUAUCUCGCCUAAUUUUGCCGACGAUAAAUAUCCAUUAUUUGUGACAUGGAAUACCAGAUCAUCUCGCGCAGGCAGACCGCCCAGGCUGAGGGGUUGCAUCGGCAACUUCGAUGCCAUGCCUCUUAGGCAAGGUCUUGCAGAAUACGCAUUGAUCAGUGCAUUCAAAGACUCUCGUUUUCGGAAAAUAGAACGUCGAGAACUUCCGUCUCUCGAAUGUGGAAUAUCCCUUCUGACGGAUUUCGAAGACGCAUCGUCAUAUCUAGAUUGGACUGUUGGCACUCAUGGGAUCUACAUUAGCUUCCCGAAUCCAUCAUUAUACCCACCAUCUUCGAGCGCGCCUUCUCCUUUAUCUUCGUCAGCAUAUCUACCGCGAUUCAGCUCCAGAGACACUCUGACUGCGACAUAUCUCCCAGAUGUCAUACCUGACCAAGGUUGGGAUAAGGUUGAGGCUGUGGAAAGCGCUAUGCGCAAGGCAGGAUGGAACGGCGCCAUCACGGAAGAGACGUUCAGGACCGUGAAACUUCGACGAUACCAGAGCAAGCACUGUGUUGUUGGCUGGGAGGAGUUCGUCCAGUGGAGGAGGGAGAACGGUGAUGACGACAUUUCAUGAUUGAAUUUCAUGACCCAAAUCAGUUAGAACAUCGCAAUGUAUCACC